AUGCGUGCUCUGGCUGCCAUGAUCCAAGGCCUUCCGGCUCAGUUUACAUUCUUCGAGGGUCGAAAAACCAAGGUGGACGAAAACGACUACAGGUUACUUGUAUAUCAACACUCUGGUUCCUAUGGGCGUCCAUGGGAGACGAGCAAAGAAUAUGUACGAUCCAUCGAUGCGGAUCACAAGACUAUGAUCAAAUUCUCUCCCACGAGUGAAGUUUAUAAUGAAAUUUCCUUCUUUUUGCGGACUUAUUUUAUUCCGGAGGCUCCCCAUACGAUCAAGAAGCGUUUGAUGCACCUCCGCUCAGAGGUACAGGAUCUACCUUCCACUCAUGUUACGAAUCAGCCUUUUGGGCCUUCCGUUCUCCCUCAGUACAUGGGCGACCAAGUCAUCCAGCAUCGAGAGGGUGUCGUCAUGAAAAUGACCCAUUGCCUUGAAACAACCGGCAACCAGUUUCCAGCAUUUUACCUGUAUGGCAUCGGUGGUGUUGGCAAGACACAGGCCGCGCUCAAGUAUAUAGCUGAAAGGUCCUACAUUUACAAGCGAAUUCUUUGGGCUAAUGCCAGCACUGCGGUAGAGCUCGCAUCCGAUUUUGAUUGUAUUGCAGCAGAGCUUGACUGCAAGGUGAAUGAGACUAUGAACCCCGAAGCGAAUCGUGAGGCUGUCAAGGUCUGGUUGCAGAAUAAUUCAGACUGGCUACUUGUGUUCGACGGUGCUGACGAUGUUAGUCACCUUUCCCCUUUCUGGCCAUCGGCAAAAAAGGGCUGCAUUAUUAUUACGUCUAGAAGUCCUAAAAUCGCUUACUACCCGAUGGUUACUGGAGGCGCUCGUCUGGAUUGUUUUUCUGAGGAGGAUGGAGCACAGGUGUUGUCCAGAAUUUCCGAAGAUCUUCAUGAUUACGAGCUGGCAAAACAGAUAUCGAGGAGACUUGGUGGUCUGCCUCUUGCAAUCGCACAAGUGGCAUCUAUUAUCGCCAGCCGUUCCAUCACACUGGCUGAUUUCCUCGAGAAAUACGAUCAAUCCGGUCCUGAAGUGGUUGAACGGAGUGACAAUUAUGCAACUUCUGGGUAUCGCGGGGAUCUGGCUACAGUUUGGAACCUGCAAUUCUCCCGUCUAUCAGCUGUAUCUCAAAGUCUAAUGGAGGUAUUAUCACUCCUACAUCCAGACUACAUCCAGCUCGACGUUUUGGCCACUAUUAUGAAGUGGGGAGAAAGGGCCCUGUGGAAUGCCCUAAGAGAGCUAGCCAACAAUGCCCUGGUUCAAAAAGACAACAGUGGUGAUGAAUCGACGCACUUUUUGGUUAUACAUAGACUCGUUCAAGAUGCCUACCGGUGUACCUGGGCCCCCGAAACGUGGCAGAGAGCAUUCAACGAGGCCUAUUCCUGCAUCGACAGCAAGUUUCUUAAACAAGACAGGGGACAGACGAUGGUUCCAUUAUACCGCGAAUGUCGGAAAUAUGAGAGCCACGUUCUCAGUUUAAUUACUCACUUCACAUCACGACAAGACUUGUUAGACCCAUCCGUUGAGUUCGUCGAGACCUUGGCCCACUGCGGGUGGUAA